AGAAUUGUUCUCAAUUUAUCCAAUAGGCUGACUUUGAGCUAAUGGGGCCCAAAGCAAAGACUAAACUUUUCUCUAUUGUUUUUUUUUUUUUUAAGGAAAUGCAUGCAGUUUUUAUUAUUUUUACUUGCGAUAUAGGUACAGUUAAACCCGUCUUAAAAGAAACUACAAAAUGUUACAGUUACUCUUACACUUAAGCGGGUUUUUCACUUAACAGAAACCCCAUUUAAAUGAAAAGAGAUUUUUAAGGAUAACAAAAGUGUUUCAGAUAAGCGGGUACUAACCGUACUUUCCAUAUAACGGAAAUAGAAAAGUACCUUUUUUUCAAAAAUGGCUUUAACUAUUUUGAUUAAAUUUUCGCAGGUAAUGUUAUAAAAAAGACACAAAAAAUUUUCUGCACCGUUAUUAACGGUACCUUCUUGCCAUAGAAGCGUUUUUUUUUUUGUUUCCGAAUAUCUCCGAUAUGACUAACCGGAUUUCAACCAAAAUUUUUAUGCAUAAGCGUUUAAGUAAUCAUAAAAUUUUAGAAAAUUUUCAAAACACAUAAUUUUGGACGUAAAAAUAAAAUUAAAACAUUUUUUAUUUAUGAAAAAUCAAUUUUCUGAAAAGGUCUCAGUGAAAUAUUUCGAAAUUUUGUUUUUAAGUGUUAUUCAAUUAUCUCUACAAAAUGGCAUAGGUACCAUUUUUUUUUUGUUUGAAAAAUGCAAAAAAAAAUUCAUAGCUAUACAAAAAAGAGGUUGUCUCUAAAGCCCGUUUACGGACGAUGAUUUUACGUGAUAACAUCGUCAGAAAAUAGGUUGUGUGCUUUUGUUAAAAAUGAGUCAAUUGAAGCGUUUACUUUUUUCAAACAAUCAUAAUAUACAAGAAAAAGCUAAAAUAAAAUAUCUUUUUUAUUUUCUCAUUAUAUUAAUUUUUUUAUUUUAAAAGCUUACAAAACAAAAUAUGCAUUUUAAAAGCCAAGUACCUAUUCUUCUUAAGAAUAAAACCAUUUUAAAAUUUUUACAAUGCGCAAAAAGUAUAAAAAUAAUUUAUUGAAAACAAUCAUUUUCAUCAAAAAAAGCAAAAGAAAAAAAAACAUGAAUUAUUAUCUUCUCAUGUCAUUUAUUCCAUUUUGUUCCCUAACAACCUAUAAAAAAUUUUAUACCAUCUGAAAGCUUAUUGUCUUAGCUCAAAAUAUAUCGAUCAGGUCUAUGAGACAUCUACAAAAAGAGCUAGAAUUUUUUGAACUCGAUCAAAUUUCAUUAAAAAAAGCAAAAAAAAACAUUUAUUUUUAUGCUCUCACGCUAUGGAAUCAAUUUUUUUGUUUGACAACCUAUACUUAUAGCUUAUUAUUUCACCUUUCAUAUGACGUAUCAAUCUCAUUUCAAAGAUGCCUACAAGAGAAGUUAGAAUUUUUAAAAUCAACCAUGUCGAAUUUCCAGACUGAGAUUACGGUACUUCCCACACUGGUGGCUGUUCGGGGGGCAACAGAUCUCCACUGGUGUUUUGAGGUUUUUCGCAAGUUUCUUGAUUUAACAUUGUGUAGCUUGUAGUUAGUCCGUUAUGUGUGAUAUACCAAAUGUAAGGUAAUUGUAUCAGGAUGCUCAUAAAAUAAUAAAAUUUCUAUUAGCUCUUGGUCAAAAGUAAUAACCUGUUGAAUUCUAAAAUUUUAUUUUACCUUUAUCUCAAAAUUGUGUUUACAAAAAUGAAUGAAACUUCGCACACAUUUAGUCGUAGUCAUGGUCUAUCAUUAAUCCACAUACUUUAUUCCUGUAUCUAUUAAAGUAAAAAAGAUAAAAAUAAAAAACGAUGAAAAUCGGUUAAAAACGGUCAAAAAACGUGUUUUUUUAAAACUUGUUUCUUCCGUUAUUCAGUCAAAACUCACUAAACGAUUCCAAGUUUUUGAACAUGUAUGCAUUAGGCCAAAACCUAAGUUUGAGAUUUUUCGAACACUCCAAAAAAAAGCUAAAAAUCAAAAAUUACCCAAAAAUACCCCUAAAAAAUAAGGUGUUUUUCAAAAAUUCAUAUUUCGAAACGCAGAGUGUUGGAAAAAAAUCCGUAUCAGACCCCUAAUUUUUUUUUCCCUCAUCUUUCACCUGGCAUCUUUAGAAUUGUCAUACAAAAUUUCCUUUACCCAAAAUCAUCAUUUUGUCAUAGCCCCAACACGUGUACAACGUUUAAACAAAACGUUAUAGCUUAGUUUCUUAAUUAGUUUUUUUUUUAAACCGCAAUUUUCAAUUUUUUUGUCUAAAAUUUCCUUUUCAUACAAGAAAUCAGAGGGAAUACAUCGUUUUUUGACCAAACUCAUUAAAAACGGUGUUUAAUUAAUUAAAACAGAUUUAUUUUAUUUUAUUAAAAAAAAUGCUAGACAAAAUCUAAUUAUAAUUUUCGCUGAUUUUAUUUUUUUUUUUUCAUAAGAAGCUUAGUUAUUUUAAGUGGUACUUUUAACAAAUGUAAGAGAAAGUACGUGCGACCCAGUCGUCCAUUUUAUUUAUUUUUAUCCAAGUGUGACAUGUGCAACAAUUGGGACCAAUGAGCUUUUACAUACAUACAAAUUAUGUAUGUAGAAGUGUCUGUUUUCUUAUCAAUUGGAAUUUCUUCUAAACCCGUCAAAUCAACGCAAAUAAAAUUAAAUAUUCAAAAAAACUACCUUUUCUUCGACUUCUCUUUUUCUAUCUUUAAAAUAAGAUCUCAUUCAGCAUAUCCUUAUCAAAAUAUUGAAAGAUUACAAAAACUAUUUUUAAUUAGUAGAUAAAAACAAGAAUCGCAUCAAAAUUGAUGAAGUUUAAAACCAAUUUUGUAAUCAGUUUUUAAAAAUAUAUUAAACCACCAACAUGGUACCUUCGGUAAAAUUAAUUUUAAUCGGUUGUGUGUUUCUAUUGUCACAAUUUUCAAUAAGCGAUUCAGCUCGUAUCCUAGGACAUUUUAUCACUCCAAGUAAAAGUCAUCUUAUAAUUCACGAUGCCAUAAUGAGUGCUUUAGCAGAUCGUGGCCAUAAUGUUACAAUGAUAACAACAAUACCAUUUGCAACAAGAAAUCCAAAUAUUCGUCACAUUCAACUGCAACAACAUACACCUUCAAUUCAAUAUUAUAGUACACUGAUAAAUACUCGUCCGCCGUGGUAUCAUAGAGUUUACGAUAACAUUAAAAUCAUAUCAACUUAUACAAAUUUCGCUUUCAAUGAUCCGCAAAUGAAACAGUUAAUGGAUGAAGAGCCUUUCGAUUUGGUGAUACAAGGUUAUCUUUUUAAUGAUUUCCUUUUUGGUCUUAAAGCACAUUUUAAAUGUCCGAUUGUAUUGUCAUUGGUUGUGAGGCAGAUUGGUGCUAUAAAUGGAUUUGUUGGAAAUCCUCAAGAAGCUGCAUAUGUUCCUAGUUUACUGAGCGGUGAUAAACAGCCUUUGGGCUUUUUUAACAGAGUUAAAAAUUUCGUGUAUAUUAAAUUUUUGGAAGAUAUGUUGCUUUCAUCGUAUUAUGAGUGGUAUCAAUCGGAUAUUUAUAGGUAAGUUUUUUACCCUUACCAAAUCUAAUAUUUCUUGAUUUGGAAGGAAUAAAAAUUUAUUAAAACCAUUACAUAAAAAAUCUUACCAGAUUUUAUGGUUUUGCGGUAGAAUUUGUCUCUAAUUGGUACCGAAAAGAAAAGUUUAGAAAAACCGAUUCUUUAACUGCGAAAAUUUUCCAUGAACAGUUUUUGAUUUUACUGAUACACAAAUUGGGAAUUUUGUUUAUUAUUUUAUUUAUCUUUUACUGAAAAAAAUUAAUUUCUCAUUGAGAACAAUUAAUUAACUACCGACACCGGCACAUCAAGAAACAAAUGGUAAAAGUUUGAUU